AUGUCUUGCACUCGUCUGGAUUCUUCGCCGCCAUCGUCUCCAACCAAGAGGCGGAUGGUGGGCGUUACCCCCGAGUCUCUGUUCCCUUACCCGAAACUUGACAGCGACUGCGUCAAUGACGACGACGGAGAGGGCACUGAGCCAGCAUGUAGCUAUCGAAAGUGCCGGCGGAUUCAAAUUACUGACUCCAUACUGUGGGGAACACCUGCACUCGCAGCAGAGCGAGCUCUUGCGGAGCCUCGAGUGACGCCUGAGAACGAGGCCCUGUUUCGGACGUACCACCCGUCUCUGGCCCUUUGCCAAGAAGUCCACCUCAUUGAAGAGGAGAACGGCACAUGGAUGUGGGGGAUUUUACCAGAAGCGGAGAAAACGCACAACAUCGGCUCCCAUGCAGGCGACCUCGAGAUACAUUUCGAGGCCCUCGGCUACAUCUCACCUACUAUCACGAUUUUUCCGAUGCUUCAGCAUGAUCCUAUUCCGCGGCCAAUAAACCCACGCAAGUUCCUUUCCCGGAAUCAACUUCGCCGCCUCCGGGAUAUGUUUCCCACAGCUCUGGGGGUGAGAAUCUUGAUCAGCGGCUUUAUUGUAGUCCUGUUUAAGACGAUCAAAGACAUCGAAAAGUCAUGGUAUGAGGAUGGUUUCGCUUGUUCAUUCGGAAACCUCAGACUGAGGUACGACGUCCUCGAAGUGACACCGACAGUGCAGGUGGUGCAGCGAGGUGCAGCCAUCUCCGCUGAACCAGAAGAUCUCAGGUCGCUUGCUUCUCUGGGGCUCAAACUCAGGUUCUCAGAUGGUCGCGAGGUCAUCACUGUUCCCACCCAUGCUUUCGUCACCCUUCGUGAUGGUGACCGAAGUACUCCUACUCGCUUCCUCGCAGAUGUUUACGCUCGUCUGAAACAGAGGCUUGCUCGGUAUCGACCCCUCCGACGGGGAACACCGUCACCAGCGAUCGGGUUCUCACGGUGUGAGUCAAAGGGUAAUUCAGUCGUCGGGAAGCGGGUUUUCCUUGCCGGCGGUUCUCAGGAGGUUGGUGUAAUCUCGUCCUCGUACGAUGAAGUCUCUCAAAAGCCUUUGCGGUUCCCGGUCGGAUUCCAGCAUGAUCUGUCGUUGACUUCUGCCAACCUUGCGCCGCUUCCAGACCUUCAGGCUCCGCCAAAGACGCCUCGUGUCACUGGCUGGGGAGAAUACCAAGCUUUGCUCAAUGGAGGCCCAGCGUUUGUGACGGGAUUCAAUAUUAACACGGGCAACCUCAAGAAAUUUGAGUGCACCGGCAUCUCAAGACAGGCGCAAGUUGCGAUAUCAGAAGGCUCUCAGUACUGCUGGGACCGAACUGUGACUUCGCAAAGUGUUUCUCUUCUCUGGCGUACCGGACAUGAUUGGGAUUCCGUAACAGGCCUCUCCGGAUCUGCUCUGUGCUUGGGAAAUCUUGCAGACAAUACUUGCCUUGCUGUUUGUUUCCAGAACUUCGAAUGUCCACUUGCUACUCGAGACCUUUUGAAAGAUGACCACCGACCGCUUCCGAUUCCUCAACAUCGCAUGACUAUCAAGGGCGGGUUCCUGCUCCCUCCAGAUGUCCGAGAAACUGAGAUUCUCUGCUCCCCAUCAGGUGCUUCCCGAGACUACGGGACUUACCCCAGAAGCUCUAGUCAUACUGAGGGACUACGCAGAUCUUUUUCCUCCACAAACUAG